AUGGCCGGACUGCAUGAGGCUGCUAUCGAUACAAACGUGGACCGUAGUGAUGUUGAGAUGUCAAUCGUCAAGACUGAACAGGGAGUACCGCUACAGCACUCGAGUGCAUCGUCGCCCCCAGCAAGGACGACAGCGAACCCACCUCGCCACGAACCUAGCCUUUUAGGCCUACCAGCUGAAUUGCGUCUGAUUAUCUACGACUUCCUGACAUCCGGUGACCGCAAUCAAGAUCUGGAUGUCUUCCCAAUAGGACACUUCGCCCUAUCACCAGGGCAGUCGAUGCCAGACUACCCAGCGUAUUCUCACCACGUCCAGCUCCCUCCACGAACAGUCAAGUCCUGGAGCUGGAUCCACACCUGCCGGACCAUCUUCGAAGAAGGCAGAUGGAACGUGAUCAAAACCCACCUCGUCUCCUUCAGAUCAGAGGGCGACUUCAACGCCUACGACACUGAUAUCCUAAAGACCAUUCAAUAUUUUCACUUCUCCGGAUUCCAUACACAUUGCUUCGCCGCGCGAGUCGAGAAACGCCUGGAGAAGCCCGUUUAUUGGCGCGUGGUCCAUAACUUCCACAGGAAAAAUUCGCUGCGCCGGUUGGGGAGACCUGAGCGGUCUAUUCGACUGGAAACGAGCUGUUGA